AUGAUAUUUACUUUUAUAUCUCUGUACUUUAAUACAUGUUGUAUUCAUGGAUUUCGUUACUUGGUCAAUAGUAUGUUAAUUUUGCUUGAGAGAUUAUUGUGGUUAAUUCUAUUGGUCUUAUCUAUAUAUUACUGCAUUAUCUCCUGUUUAUCUUCGGUGGAACGUUUCCAAACGAAGAGCACCCACAUCGGUCUUGAGCGGAACUCCUAUUACUUCAAAACUUCGAUGCCCGCCGUAACAAUCUGUCCUAUGCAACGUCUAAAUAAGACAUUUUUUGAUCAAUAUUGCCUUGGCAAGGUUAAAGGCAAAGCUAAGGAUGAGCUCUUUGACUUUUUGGAAAAUUUGGCCAAUUCCACGUAUACGAAUUUUAAAGAUAUUCCACAAUACGAUAGUAUUGAUGAUUCGCUGCAAAAAUUGGAUAUUGAACCCAAAGACUAUAUGAAAUUAAUUUACAAUCUCACGUACGACGGCACCUAUGAACCCAUUGAGAAGCUGCGAAUUCGCUGCGUUGAUGGCCAGGUGAUCCUCAAGGUGAGACAGAUACUCACCGAGUUUGGAUUGUGUUACCUGUGCAGCUCAUACUUGGGUGAGGAAUAUAGCUCACGUUACUUAAUCUUCGGCAUGUACCCGGAAUCCAAUAAGCACCUAACAAGUCAGCAAGUUGUGGAUGUUAAAAGAGCCACAUUCUUUGACAAGGAUGUGGGAUUCACAUUAAUGGGCUUCGAUGUUACUGCAAUCGAUAGUUAUAUACAUUCUGCUUUUGAGGUGAUGAAAGUGGAUAAUAAUUUUGGAUACUCGCCCGAAGGUGCUGCCUAUGAGCCUGAGGUCGAAGAAAUUGUUGCUGAUGCCGAACUCGAGACCGAAACUUCUAUAAAACAGAGAAAAUGCCGAUACUAUCAUGAAUCGAAUCUGACGCAUUAUCCAUUUUAUACCAAAAAUACUUGCCUGCAGGAGUGUCGCAUUAACUUGGCCUAUAGGGUUUGUAAAUGUAUUCCCCACUUUUAUCCCAAUCGCAUUGCGAAUCCAAAACCUGUAUGCUCCUACAAAAUAUUAAAGUCUUGUUUUGCCAACCAUGCCGGUUAUUUCCUAAAAUUUUACGAAAAUGAUAUUGAUGAGAAACCAGCAAUCUGUUACUGUGAGCAGAAUUGUAUAGACGCUGUGAUCAAGCUGAAAAGUGCUCUGGCCAUGCGGGGCGCUAAGCAGUUGCUUGGCAGUAUGGGAAGUUCGUUUUCCAUGAACACUUGGCCAAGGAAUCAAUUCAAGCGGCAAGUCAUCUUUUCGUUUACGGAUCUUUUGGUUGCCAUUGGCGGCACUGCGGGUCUAUUUCUGGGUUUCAGCGUCUUGGGCCUAGUUGAAUUCAUCUACUUUUUUACGCUGCGUUUACUUUGGCACUUGCUUGGAUAUAAAAUUUAAAAUCAUACAUUUCGUUCCAUUAAUGACAUAAGCAUAACAUAUAUGUAUGUACCUUUACAAAUUAU